AUGGUGGAUCCUUACACUGGGUUACCAACCAAUGCUACCGAAGGCAGUGUUCAGGUGCUUUACGAUGGAAAAUGGCGAUUCUGGGAGCAGAAAGAUAUUAACGUUAAGAAAACAUGGGUAACUUGCAGAGAGCUCGGCUUUAUAAGACCAUUCAACUACCACCUGAAAUAUAAUCUUACUGAAGUAGCGGGGAAUGUGAUCGAAAAUCAAGCCAUGAAAUGUACUGGCAAAGAAGAAAGAUUGAUUGACUGUCAGCAUGAAAGUUGGGAAUUGCUGAAUAAGACUGAGGAUUUCUUCUUAGUUUGGGUGAAAUGCGGUAAGUUUAGAUUUAUUGCUAAAGGCAAAAAAUGAACAACUUGUGCUAAACAGAAUAUGAUAGUAAAGCAACAAUCAGAGCGUUUUCUAUGCGAGAAAGAAGUUAAGAAGAAUCUCCAUUGAAAUAUAAACUUCAGUAGCACCUAGACACUCCAUAAACGAUAUUUGUCUUUUGACUAUAUAUAUAUAUAUAUAUAUAUAUAUAUAUAUUAUAGCUUAAGAUUUUGGUUUACGAAACACAAACAGUGCUCAAUACCAUAUAGAUAGAGCGUAAUAUAGUUUUUCGUUUUACCUCAAAAAUCCACAACAGUCUGUUUCAUCCGUAUAGGAAUCAUCAGGUGGUGAAUAAUUUCGAAAUUGUAGGUUGCUUUUAUGCUAUCGAAAGAAUGUGCGGAAUGCGUGUAGGCGAAACAAUGCUUAGGUGAAACAAUGCAUGCUUGGGUCAUUAGGUUUUGUUAACGACCUUGUUUACUCGAAACCGGUUUUUGUGACGACAUUUGCCGAAAAUUUCGCUUCUUUUAUUGAGUAAAUUGUCUUUGUUUAUGUCUUUCAAAAUGCAAAAUUUUUCUUCCAAACAUAAAUUACAGCGUUUUGAUCCCCCUGUGUACGAAAUAGCGUGUUUUAAAAUUGACCAUUUGAUGGUAUAAUCCUGAUUGUUUUCUUUUAAUUUCCAAAUAUGUUUCGAAAGUUACGUUUUGUUUGAGUCUUUUUUAUGACGAAAAGAUGAAGUGUAGUUAGCGUAACGUUCCUUAAAUGUAGUCGCUGUCAUACCAAUGUAGUGUUUAGUGUCGUUCGUGUUGUUCGUUGUGACUGUUGCUUUGUAAAUAAUGUUGUUGGUCAUGCAUUGUUUCGGUAGUGGUCAAGUGUUUUUGUUGUCGCAGUUACAGUUGUCAGUUUCCGUAUUCUGUGAUUGACUGUUCCUAAUUAUAUGUGCGUUGUGUUUGGUGAUUAUCGACUUAACGUUGUUCAUGCAACUGUAGCUUACUUUUAAAGUGUUUCUGUUAAAAAUCUUGUGUAGUUUGUGCUGUAGCGGGAAGUGUUUGUCAAUUAAACUUAAGAAUUCCCGUCCUAUGUUCGUGUUAACACUCUUACUAAAUGGUGGGUUAAACCAAAUUAUGUUGCGUUGCCUAUACGGAUGAAACAGACUGUUGUGGAUUUUUGAGGUAAAACGAAAAAUUAUAUAUAUAUUAUAUAUAUAUUUGUUUAGAACGUUAUCCACCAGCUCAGACCUGUGAUCCACAACGUAAGUACCAACCUCUAUUCUUACUCGUGUUAUACCCGAUUCUCUUCGUAUAUGGGUCCCUUGUUGUUGAUGAAUUAUACUGUAGCAAACGAACAUACUGUAGAAAUAUCCCAUGCACGUUCAUUUCCAGUCGUUGAUAUAGGAAAUAUACCUGCAUGCAGAAAAUAUAGUUAUAACUUUUAAUUCAUGCAAGGAUACAGAUCUAGAUUGAUAUCAUUGAAGUGCAUACGUUAUAUAUAAUUUAUAUAUAACGUGUGUACUUCAAUGUACCUUAAGGAGGCUCCCUACAGUUUCCAAUAUAUGUCAGUGUUUUAAGCUAUGAAAUAUUUCAAUUGUCCCAUGUCAUCUUCAUUAUCCAGUUCCUUUCAAGGAAAUACAAAAUGUGAAUCAAGUUUUUUCGCAGAUACAAGUACGCUUUGCGUACCUAUUUUUACAAACGUAGCUACAAUGCCAUAUAAUAAAAAACUUACCGACCUUAACCGUUCAGGCUAUAAGUGCUUUAGGAUAACCAUUGGAAGAAAAAGGUUUCUAAAAAUUUUCCAUUUCAGACUGGAAGAUAUGUAAGAAGAACAAAUAUUGAAAUAUCGAGAUAUAAGAGAGAAAAGGAGAAAUUUUUUGUACAUCAUUGGAUUAAAGCUAUCAAAGUUUGCGAAUAAGCCAGUUGAAGUGCAUUUGUGAUGGACAGAUGUCGUGAAUGAGCCGUUUGAACGCAUUACGUUAACAUCAAAAAAAAGAGUGAAGAAUUGUUUUCAAGCUCAUGUGUGAAUUAAAUAUUCGAAUGUUUGGAAUUGCAACAAGAGAGGAAGGAAAGCACACGACCACGGGAUUGAAUGAUCAGAAAACAAUCAUGGAUCAUGGGAUUGAUCAUCAACAAUGACGAUAAAACAAAGGUUUAAAGUUAGAAGGGCAGUCAGCUAACCAAGAUUUUUCAUGGAAUGAUAGAAAGAUGUUAACGAACAGUGGUCCAAGUGGUGAAUCCAUUGCAACACCAUCAACCUGGUUAUAAAGAACACUAUCAAAUAGAAAAUGACAAUCGUUUACAGAUAAAUUAAGAAGUCGAGUGAAUUGGUCAACUGUGAAACCGUGUGCAUGGUAUUGUGGAAACAUUUAUUAACAAUUAUGAUUUGUUUUCACAAUACCUCACGGUUUCACAGUUGAUCAAUUCACUCGACUUCCUAACUUAUCUGUAAAGAAUUGUCAAUUUCUAUUUGAUAGUGUUCUUUAUAAGCAGGUUGAUGGUGUUGCAAUGGGUUCAUCACUUGGACCACUGUUUGCUAACAUCUUUCUAUCAUUCCAUGAAAAAUCUUGGUUAGCUGACUGCCUUUCUAACUUUAAAUCUUUGUUUUAUCGUUGUUAUGUUGAUGAUUGUUUUCUGAUAUUUCAAUCCCGUGAUCAUGUGCUUCCCUUCCUUUCUUAUCGCAAUUCCAAACAUUCGAAUAUUCAAUUCACACAUGAGCUUGAAAACAAUUCUUCACUCCCUUUUCUUGAUGUUAACGUAAUGCGUUCAAACGGCUCAUUCACGACCUCUGUCCAUCACAAAUGAACAUCAACUGGCUUAUUCACAAACUUUGAUAGCUUUAUUCCAAUGAUGUGCAAAAAAGGUCUCCUCUUCUCUCUUAUAUCUCGAUAUUUCAAUAUUUGUUCUUCUUACAUAUCUUUCCAGUCUGGAAUGGAAAAUUUUAAGAAAACCUUUUCUUCCAAUGGUUCUCCUAAAGCACUUAUAAAUAGUUGCAUUAAGACAUUUCUUGACAGGAUUUAUAACACCAAGGGCAGGGUCCAUACAUGUUCCAAGAAAAUUGUUUACUUUUGCCUUCCUUUUACUGGACAUCAUGGUCUACAUAUGACAUAAAGUUCCUACUUCUGCUUAUCCACAUUUUUCCAUACAUGUUGUUUUCCGUCCCUCUUGUCGCCUUAGUUCCAGUCUCUUUCCAUUUAAAGACAGGAUUCCCAUUGCCCUGAGAUCACACAUGUCAAUGCUGUAGCGCAUUGUAUGUUGGCCACACGCCGACACUAUCACACAGUAUCUCAGAGCAUAUGGGAGUCUCGCCUUUGACUGGAAAAGAACGCUCUAUCUCAACCAUGUCUAGUAUACUCGCUCUCAAACACAUGCACAAACACCCAGUCUCCGCUUCUGAUUUCAAAAUCCUAUCAUCAGGCACUUCUGAGUGGGAUCUUCUUAUCUGUGAAAGCCUAUUAAUUUCUCAACUUAACCCUGUCCUUAAUGCUAAUAUUAGAUCUACCCCUCUUGAGCUAUUUUAGUUAUGUAAUAUUAACCUUAAUUAACUAAUAUACUAACCAUGCACUUAACAUUAAUCUUUACUUAUUAACUAGUUUCUGAUAAGUUGUUUUCCUUUCUUUCUAUUCAUUUGUUCUUUCAAACUAUGUAACCGUUUUUGUAAUAUUAAACCACUGUUUUGCAAAUAUAUAUACCAUACCCUGUAAAUUCAUUUAGAUUGCUCUGAAGAUGUUGUACUGUAAACAGCGAAAUGUUAGCUAAUAAAUUUUUUACUUUUAUUAUGUUUGGCUUCAAAGUUAUUUGCUGGGCUCUGCUCUUUAUCUUUGAACUAAGAUUUCCGCCUGGUGUAUCAAUUGCCACAGUUUUAGUGCAGAUUAUUAUAGUAACAGAAGCUUUGCGAAUUAAUAAACAUGGUGUUUUUAGAUUUUUGUCGUUGACGAAUGCUUAGUAUACUGCAAUAGCCUGCGAGCAGGCUCUCAAGGUGAAUUGAGAGCCUGCACUGAUGAUAUACAAUUUUGAAUAUCUGCCCCGUAACGUUCGUUCUUCCAAAUAUGGAAUGUCUAUCCUUAUAUUGUGUUGUUUACAACUUUCGUGCAAACUAAAUUUAGACCGUGCAAACUAAAUUUAGACCGUACAGUUUAUAUACUGUUUUUCGAAAUAUAAGAUAUUCAAGCAAAAGUUUAAAUGUUUUAAAUACUGUUUUCUCAAAACAGAACAUUUCGAUUUUCGUGCUUUGAGAUAAGAUGGCCAAGACCAAUUUGAUCAGUUAAUGUGUUUUUUAUGCAUAGUGCUUCAGCAGUUGACAUAUAUAAAGCUCAGCGGAAACAUAUAAAUUAUAGCAUCUGACCAAUGAGAAUUUCGCGUCCCGCUUCGAGUCGCAGAUAUUCAAAAUUGUAUGCCAUCAGUGCAGGCUCUCAAUUCACCUUGAGAGCCUGUUCGCAGGCUAAUACUGCAAGAAUGAAAUUAACUAAAUUUUACCUCGCUCUAAUAUUCGCAGCAAUCCGACUCGUUCAAUCACAAUAUGCUAAUUCUGGUAAAGUAGCGAUAAAAUACAAAGGAAAGUGGGAAGUUCUUCGCGUGAAGUAUUGGGACGAAAAGUUAGGACAUUUGGCCUGUACCACACUCGGAUUCCCAGGACUAAUAAAGAAUUUACGUCGCCUCGAAUAUCGUGAUUAUGAUGGCUACGAUAACUUUGGAUGUCAGAAUAAAAAAAAUAAGUUAGUGUGUUGUCCAAAAAAAACAGAAGAACGACACGAUCUUCCCAGUAUAUCGCAGGUAGCUGUCGCCUGUGAACAAGGUAAUAAGGUCAACGGAAAACAUACAGUUCUUAUUGUUCUGUAUAUAGCUUGAAUAUAAGACCAUGAGGAGAUGUCCUGUAUAGCUAUACUAGCUGCUUGUUAUCACUAAAUUUUAAUAAUCCCGAUUACACACGGUUUUUCUCUAACGGCCAAAUGUUUUAACACAUGGUUAUACUUGCUUCUUUCAUAGCUGAGUUUAAUUUAACCGAAUCUACACAAUAAUUAACACACUAUAGCGUCUGAUCGAGUAAUAGUUAUAAGCACUCCAUAACCAGAAACCGCGGUAAUCCUACAUAUCUUUGGGGCGAUCUACUAAAUUAUUUCAUGCACAUAUAAUCAUUUCAUGAUCAAGUUUUUGACAUAUCGAUGAAUUUUAACCAACUCCAUGCACAAAAGUUAAGCAUGUUUAAAAUUUGAACAUCAAUUUGUUAUAAUAAAUCAAGGCAAGGCAAAACAAAAAGCGCACAAAAAUGAUUUACUGACCACGAUACCAAUGAAUAUUUAAAUGCUCAGCGAUAUGGCCACUUUCUAAUUCUGUGCAAUUUUCGAUCGUGCUUGUAUUUUUGUAUUUUUUUCGGAAAAUAUGGUUUGCCCUUUUCCCCCAUUACUCAAGUGAACCUUUAGGGGGUCUCGAUUUGCGUGGGUCUCGAUUUGCCGUUUGCAUUAGGUUUGUAUACACCUUGUGAUCUGUAAUUUUGUGUCCAAUAAAGCUAAUAAAAUAACAAGACACUUUAGGCCUUUGCUUUAUUUUCCUAAUAUUCCUUUGUAUAAUCCGUACAAUACGAAAUGCUUGCAACCUGGAACCAUGGCAGAAAACUUUAAGUUUGAAAGCUUAAAAUUGCUGGGGGGGGGGGGAGAAGCAAAGUACAUAUAAUUUUUUAACCCAAGCGGUCACGCUUCUUAUAUAUUCACAUCUCACAUUCACAUUUCUCUUUAGAUAUACGACUUGAGAGUACACACCAGGGAAAGGUUCAGGUCUAUCGUAGUAAAACAUGGUAUCAUGUUUGCGGAGAUUCGUGGAACAUGGGCAAUACGCGUGUGACAUGUUGGGCGCUGGGUUAUAGUAGAAAAUCCGAAGUGGAUCAUUAUUUUACUUCUGUUAGUAACAUCACCAAGAUUUGGCGAAAUGAUAUCGAGUGUGCUGGGAAGGAAGAAAGCUUAAGGAAAUGUCAUGUCAAGUAUCGUCCAAAUUCUAAAUGCACACGUCUACCACAUGUGCAAUGUAAAGGAAAAAGUAAGUUUCUGUCAUUUUUGUGUAUGGGCAGGGUUUAUUUUAACGUGCAGUUCUACACAAAAUGUGCAGUUCUAAACCCAUUUGUGCAGUUCUUAAAACUUAAAUGUGCAGUCACCAAAUUAACAAAAAUAUAACCUCAAAACAGUCUUCUCAUUAACUCGUUUUCCUUGUGGAUGCUCCAGAUGCCAGAAAUGCUGUUGUCAUUGAGCAUCAAAAAUCUAAAUUUUUUCUGGGAGAGGACCAUCAGACCGUCAUAUGUUCCUCACAAAACACUUACGUGCUGGGGAACAAAAGAGAUUGGAGUGGGAGAACCUAAUAUUUUUUGCUGCCUAAGAUUAUUAUAUAUUGAGUAUUCAUGAUUUCCAGUUACAUGUUUUGGAGCAGUUUUUGUGGGUGGUUGGGUGAAACAAAUCUUUGCCAGAACUUACGAGCCUCUAAAUUCAAAAUUUUGGGGGGACACCCCCUACCUGUGUCUUCCCCACCCGGAAUCGAGUUUGUCUGGCCCCACCCAACCACACCUUUAUUCUGCCACCUAUAUACUAAUUACAUGUAACAGUCUAUCAUAAUUUGCAACGUUAACUAUAAAUUUACAACGUUAAAUAUACUGUAGAUAAAAAUUCUUUGACCCCCAAUCAAACACGUGAUGCUUCGUAACAUCCCUAAUAUGUGCAGUUCUAAACCUUUCUUAAAAUAAACUCUGUGUUAAAAAAGAUAUCCAAAUAUUUGCAUCGUAAACCCAAAGAUACUCAUUGAUUAUAAUUAAGAUAUUGUAUAAUACACCACACCACCAUCUGAUGUGCAUAUGCUCCCGCAACGAUGAACACAGAUGAGAUCAAAAACAAAAUCUUUGAGGAUCAGAUUAGAGAACAUAAUCGAAAGUGUACCAAACGAGGACAAUUGAACUCAUUAUUCUCAGGGAUUUCAACGUCAGAAUAGGCGGACUUGAGAAGGAUGUUUCGAUAUUGCUAGACUUGCUGCAACAGUAACGUAGACUAUUGCUGCAACAGUAACGGUCUACCAGCACAGUUUACAGCUUGCAAAAUUGCAAAAUACGUCUUGGAUGCAUCACGUAUAGAAAUCUGAUUGACGUUAUCGUCGGGAGAAGGACAUGCAAUAGAUUAAAAUGGUGAAGGCAAUGUGCGGCUGAGAAUGUUGGACUGACCACCGACUUAUUCUCACAAAAAUCAACACGCACGCCCUCGCUCACAAUGAAAGAGGACAUCCAAUUAAACGAACUAGAAAUACAUGCAUGCAGUAACCCCUCGCCAAUAUUUCCUUACAUUAAACAUGAAGUAUUCAGAAAUGACCAGCACUGAACGCAGGCUCGCGCUCAAGUGUUGCCAUGACAACACGAUAUUCUUAAAUUUUUAUUUUCAUAUAUUUUGUACAAAACUGAAAAAUAGUUGACAGAUUCGUACUUUUAACUAUACAACAAUAAAUUUCCGAAAUAGAUACUGUAGGUAUAUUAUUUUGCAUUUUGUGAGCUUUGAUUUAAUGUAAAAUUUAACUUGAAAUGCUUCGUAAAAUGUUUUGGAGUGUUCAUUCAAGUAAACCUACAUUUUGCCGAUAAACUGUUUUUACUUAUAUUAACAAAACAUGAUAAGUUUAAUACAAAUAAAAUAUAAUUGUUAGGUAAUUUCAGUUCAGUUUUCAAAUCAAUUUGUUCCGCCUUUACAUUUUAAGAUUUUUUCUCAAAUUAAACGGUAAUUUAUAAAACUUAGAGCUUCUAUAGUUCAUGUUUUUUAUUUAAUACGUAAAAAGUUAAAGCAACAAAAUUCGUAAACAUUUUAAAAAUAUUCAAAGCAAACUUGCCGUAUAUUUCACGAUUUGCCGUAGUAAACCAAUUCUUCUCAUUUCUUCAAACAAAAUUGCUUCAAGCUUGUUGUAUAUGAAACGUUUUUGCAAAUAUAUGUCUUUUAAAAUUGAAAUCUUGCUUGCCAUAUUUUUGAGAUAAGUGAGGAUGACCACCCACUCAAGAUCGUCGUUCGUUGGUCAGCGCCCGCGAUGAUUGAUGAACUUUAGACUUCGCUAAUGCUUUCGUUUCCCCGGGUGUAAAUAGCUGGGGGGAAUUAGUACCCUCGCACGGCGCUUCGCGCCGCCGGCUCGGGGAUUAAUAUGAACAAGGUGGAACAGUAUAGUAAGAACCUGGGCAGCAAGCUAAGACAACUUUAUCUAGGAGGAAGCAGCGAAGAAGAGAACUGGGAAGCUUUGAAAUAAACGGUAUACGACACUGCGAAUAACUUACUGACCGAGAGUGAGGGCAGUACGGGAAAAAUAUCCAACCGAGGUCUUGCUGUAUUGACCGAGCGAUAGCGAGUUCAAUACAGCAAGACCGAGGUUGGAUAGUUUCCCGUACAGCCCGAACGAUUGAGGUCAGUAGGUUUUUUAUUAUAUGGCAUUGUACGUUUGUAAAAAAUGGAGAAGAAAAGGUCACGCGAGGGCAAAGUACAAAGUCCGAAACAUUUGCAAAAGAAAACAAUUGUAAAAAAUGUUCUUUGGUUAGUAAAACUGCUCUACAGUACUUUUUAUAUAGAAUACUAACACAGUUUGGAUAGUAUUUCAAGAAAAAUAAGAGUAAUUUCGUCAUUUAAUCAAAGACAACAAAUAUGAACAAUAAAAUUCAAUAAAAUUACAAAAACAAGUACGUUUUUAGUUUGCUUCAUCUCAUAUUAUGUCUCUUCUUAUCUAACAAAACAGAAAUUUUCAGGGAAAAAUUAUAAAUCUGUGACUGUUUUAGUUGUAUUUUUUAUUUAGGAUGAUGUCAAAUUCCUCCUGGCUAUCUGCAAAUAAAAUUUGCAGCUCUUCGCAUUGUCAAAACACAACUAUUCCUGACUGCUUUUAUAGUUAUAAACAUUGUAAAAUUUACCUUGUAAUUUUGACUUUCGCUAACAAAAACGCAUGAAGAAAGUUCUUCAACCACAGCAGUUGCUCCUCUUUUUAUUUUAGGUUUAUUUUUCUUCGUUGAAUAGUUUUGAAAGACUUUUAGACUUUUUUGCCGUUUAAACUCGGCUCUCGUCGCAGGGCAAUAAAAAUUGCGUAUUGCCCGUGGGCAAUACGGGAAAAUCCUGCCUCGUCAGCAGCCAAUCAAAUUGCACGAUUCAUCAAAACAAAUACUUGCCAUAUAAUAAAAGCACUUACUGUACCUUGGCCUGAACACGCAUAAACACCAGGACUGGUUCGGCGAUAAUGACGAGGAGAUUCAUAAACUGCUCAAGGAGAAGUGUUAAGUCCAUAGAGCGCUUCAGGAAGAUAGCAACUCUACCUCCAACUUCCCGACGACUUCGUAAAGAGUUUAGGAAAGGGUGGUAUCCGGUGUAUGACAAAACUGAAAGUCUUCAAGGCUGUUGAGUAACCUUCUCUGUUGUAUGCUUGUGAGGCAUGGACAGGCUACGAACGGAGUUAACGGCGUUGCACCUCAAAUUAUUAAAUCGUCGACUUUACUUGAAUUGCUUCAAACUAAACAGUUUUCCCCACUCAUAUGUUUUUUUCUCUUCCUUUUAGCAAUACGACUGAAAGGAUUUGACCGUCCUCAUGCCGGUAGAAUCGAGGUCCUGUAUAAAGGGGUUUGGGGUACUGUGAAUGCCUAUAAGAAUGAACUCUCUUUCACUGAAGCGAGAGUUGUGUGUCGACAGCUUGGCUACCGCGAUGCUGUCAGAGCAUUGGACGUACAUGAAGUACCGAAUGUGGGAAGGGGAGCAGUUUGGACAAAAAAUAUCAAGUGUAAUGGAACUGAAAGUCGGUUACAUGACUGCAAAUGGAUUAUAGAUAAUUUCAAUCACGUAAAUCAUGAUUAUGAUGGGGGUGUGAUCUGCAAAUUCAGUAAGUUGAGAUUUUAAUUGCAACAUGUUUGUUAAAUAUUAAAGGUUACUGUAAGUUUACGAUUGACCAUGCAAUCUUAUAAUUCCUCUAUUCAAUUAUAGUUAUUCAUUAAUAUUCCUCGCUCCUGGUUGUGGGAAAAACGGGAAAACGAAUUUAAAAAUGAUACAAAACAUGACUUCUCAUUUUUUAAAUUAGAUAUUCGACUGAUUGGUUCUUUACAUACUAAUGAAGGCGAAUUAGAAGUAUAUCGUAACAAUUCCUGGAGAAAGAUGUGUAGAAAACAUUGGACAUUAACCGAAGCUAAUGUCGUUUGUCAUGAACUUGGGUACUUGAAAGCUGUGCAUUCUAAUGGAUUGAUAAGAAACCAUCCAAAUACAACCUAUCCAUACUUAAGAGUGAGAAUUAAAUGUACUGGAGGAGAAAACAAACUUUCUAAAUGUAUUCAUGAAGAGGAUAAUGAAGAGUUCUGUAAUGAUGGAGCUGUCGAAGUAAGAUGCGAGGGCAAUGAAGGAGGUAUAGCACUAUUUCUUUUAUUUAAAUCUAGUUUGAUGAUAUAAAAUUAAGUGGGUGGCCUUCAUUAUACAGUAAUAAUGAAACAAAAACCUACAUUAUAUUGAAACGUUAUUGUGGUAAUGUAAGGACAUUAUAAAUAAGUGACUUUGUUAGAACUUCGAACUCUAACAUUGGCGAAAUGUGUAAAGAGCCACGUCUAAAUGAAAUUUUCAUUUUGGAUCGUUAAACCCCAUCCAUAUCUAUCUGACCCUCAUUACUUAUUGUCACUACUGUCAUUGGUUUUUGGAUAAUUUUUCACUGGAAAUUGGAAUGUAUUAUUAAUUACAAAUUAAAGAAACUUGCAUUUUCGUCCUUAUAACUAAUUACAAUGUCGAUAUACGUUUAGACCGACAAAGAGAAUUUCUUUUUCCACUCCUUGUUGUUGCGUGCCUUAUUUGCCCCAAGUAGUAAAGAGGUACAUAAAACGCUUAAAUUUAUAAAUUCAAUUAUUCCCUCGCAAAAAGUAUAAAAAACAGAUCUAACUGUACUACAAUAUAAACUCAAAAUUCGAGUUUGGGAUAUUAUUACGAUACCUCUUCAUUUUCAAAGAAAAUAUUAUACAAAAGUAUAUUUAAUUUCAGAUAUUCGCCUCAUUCAACUUCCCACUCGAGCUUUCAGGGGAUAUUCUGUAGUAAAGUUCUUAAGUGAAAUACAGAUAAUGCACGAGGGAAUUUGGGGGCAUGUUGCUGGCGAAAACUGGACAAUGGAAAAUGCUCAAGUGAUCUGUCGUGAAUUGAACAAGCCGGGUGUAAAACGUUUUCAACUACUUAAAACGGAUAUAUCAAGUGAAGAUAGGAUUAUGUGGCUAAGGGACGUGCGUUGUAAAGGAGACGAGAAGAGAUUAUUGGAUUGUCCGCGAGGUACUUGGCUUGAACGAAAAAAUGAAACUGUGUCAAACUGGAAAGUUGUUUUGGAAUGUAUUCCAGGUAAUUCAAUACUAUAGGCACCACUUGGCACCAGAACUUUCUUAAUACUGUAAGUUAGUUCUUUUUUAUUUUUUUAUAAUAAUACUUCAUUUUCGAAAAUUGGGAUUGAAAUCCCACCAAAGUACUUGUGCAAUAUUUCGAAGAAAUAUUGAAAUAUUUUCGAUUCCUUGCAACGGCCAAUCAACGAUGGUUUACAUUAUCAAUUAUCUUUUAGAACUUCGCCUCAGAAGUGGUCGAACAACUGAUGAAGGACGAAUAGAGCAUUAUUCUAAUGGCAAAUGGUCGCCAGUUUGUCAAGAUAGACAGCGAAAAUCUAAGAGUGUUACAGAAUAUUGUCAAGGUUUGGGUUAUACAGAUGGAAUUGAAAUUCAAAUCGAAAAUAUUCAUCUUCUCGAAAAGAAUGUUAGCAAAUGUCAAGACGGAAGAGAUCUUCAUAUUCGUUGCUAUUCUCAAA